AUGCGGGGCGAGCGUGGCAUAUGGCUGCAGCUCUUGGGUAAACAGCGUGCGCGAGGCCUGGCUGUGAACGCGGGCUGUGGCUGGCUGACAUCGGGCAUCGCCAUCACGGCGGCGCGGGCAGCUGCGCGCUGGCAGGGCGCCCGUCACCCCUCUCCCUGCUGCACGUUACGUGGCAUUAUGCCCUCCCUGUGCGCGGAGCCUGCCAGGUCUCCGGGGAAGGAGCGCGCUCCUCGCCCGCCCGCGGUUUAUGGCUCCCGUGUGCUGACCCGGCUGCUCCUCCCUGGGCACGGGCAGGGCGAGCGUCCGCUGGGGUCCCGCGAGCAGCGGGUACAGGAGCGCGCAGGGGAGCUCUGCCGUGGAACAGAGGAAGUGGUCUACGGGGAGGUUGGAGGCAGCAUCCUCCUUUUGUGCCGAAAUGUCUCCAAAGCAGCCACUGAAGUGGUUUGGUUUCAAGGGGAUCCCCACUCGGUCCCCCCGCUCUUCUCCUCGAUAGUCACAUUCCCCCAAGACGUCCGGUUCUCCCUGGUUGACAACAGCUCUCUGCACAUCACAGAACUGCGUCGGCAAGAUGAAGGCAACUACACUUGCAAGGAAGUGCUCAACAAAACAGACCAUGAACACAGAGUCCAGCUCCUGGUAGCCAAUCCACCACGGUCGUCCCUGAAGUGCUGGGCUGGAACCUCCUCCUCGGGACAGAUGCUGCAGCUGUUUUGCAGCUGGCCUGGUGGGUCCCCUCACCCCACCUUGCACUGGAGAGAAGAGGGGGGCAAUCUGGAAAACACGAGCUGGGUCAUCAGCUCCACGAGCUCCGCCGACACCCACGUGGAAACGCUCAACAGCUCCCGCCUCUCCCACCGCAAGACGUUCAAGUGCGUCGGGAGCCACGUAGUGAAGCAGGAGGAGCCCGCGUGCACCGUGCAGAUAAAGAGACCUUCUUUGGAGUCGGAGCCCCUGCAGACCUGCUUUGUGGGUGACGAUGUGACCCUGACGUGCCGCGUCACCGAGAGCACCCCAGCAGCAAGGCUCAGCUGGCUGCAGGGCACCGGCCGGGCAGCGGUGGAAAUCCAGCCCGGAGGGAGGUACCUCGUCACCCAGGAGGGCAACGUGUCCCGGCUCACCAUCCAGAACUGCUCCCAGGACGUCGACGAUGGCUGCUAUGUCUGCAAGGCGCAGAACCCCGUGGGGCUGAGGGAGAUUUUCAUCUGCCUCACGGUGAAGCGGCCAGUGAAUAUCGUUGGGGUAGUGGGUGCAGUGGUGGUGCUGUCCCUGCUGGCUCUUCUCGUCCUCUCCGGCAUCGUCCUGUACUACCAUCCCCUGCUGUGUCUCAGAGGUACUGCAUUCAGAAAUCCAGACUCGAGCGAUAUCUUGGUGCUGGUGGACUCAGAAGACGAUGAUGAGGGUAACGGGGAAGAGGAGAUACCAGGCAGCUCCACCAAGCACGAGGUGAUGGCGCUGGUCAAUGGGACGAGCACCCGGCCUGCUCACCUCACGCACCUUGUGGAAGGUGAGCGCUAG